AUGGAGAUGGAAGGGAAAACAAUAGUAAUUUCGACAAUUAUGGUGAUGCUAUGGUGGAGUGCAGUGAAUUGUAUGACGUUCGAUUCAACAGUUGCACAAGAUGGUUCAGGCAAAUACAAAACAAUCACUGAAGCGUUAAAUGCAGCUCCGAUAAAUAGUUCAAAACAAUACUUUAUACAUGUCAAAAAAGGAAUUUACAAUGAAAACGUCACCAUUCCAAAUGACAAAACAAAUAUAGCCCUUGUUGGUGAUGGUAUGGGAAUCACAAUAAUUACAGCAAGUAAAAGCAGUAAGGGAUUCCCAACGCCUAACACAGCCACAUUAGAAGUAUAUGGCAGUGGUUUUAUUGGAAUGUCGAUGACAAUCAGAAAUACCGCUGGAGCAGAAGGUGGUCAAGCAGCUGCAUUGACCACUGCUCCUUUUCGAGGGUUUGCUUCAUUUUAUCAAUGCCGUUUCGUGGGUUACCAGGAUACAAUUUUUUCUCUAGACACUGCAUUUUUUAGAGAAUGCAAAAUUUUCGGUACAGUCGAUUUUAUCACUGGUUGUGGACGUGCUUUUUUUCAAAAUUGUCUUGUUAAAGCUAGACAACCAAUACAUGGACAAGUAAUCAGAAUACUUGCCCCAGGUGGAGACAACAUUACUUCGAAUCCAGGGGUAAUUCUUCAGAAUUGUAAUAUAUCACAUGCAACAGAUUUUAAUAAGUCAGACGUGCAAAGUUUCUUAGGGUGGCCUUGGAAAAAUGGAGGGAAGGGAGUAAUUAUGUCAAGUUAUAUUGGUGAUUUCAUUGACCCGCAAGGCUGGACUGCAAAUCCGGAAGUGACGGAAAUAUAUUUGGCGGAGUAUAAUAACAGAGGACCAGGUUCCGAUACCACACACAGAGUAAAAUGGUCGAAAACAAUCGAUAAAACAGAAGCGUCCAAGUUCACAGUUCGUAACUUUUUGCAAGGUGACAAAUGGAUCCCCAAAUUAAUUCCAUACUAUCUAGAUCUUGAUGUUGGUGCUGAGGAAUAUUCUGGUUAG